GGGUGCUGGGGGGCGAUAGCGUCGGUGUUGGGACCCUGGCUAGGAAGGGCCCAUUAGUAACCGAGGCUUGACCUCCGGCUCUAGCGGGUCUCCCUAGGGCCACCCAGAGCAAGUAAUGAUUGGCGCGCAUUAGGCUUUAAAACUCCCGGGAAAGAGCUUUCUGGGAGAAGCCGCGCAGGGACUCCGGCCGUGCGAGGGUUGGUGCCGGUGCCGUUUCCUCCCGGCCUGCCCAGCUCUGGCGGGCGCUCCCGGGAACGAGGCAAGGGAGGCAUCAGGGUAAUGCAGUCCCGGAGCUUAUGACCUCUGCGGCCGCAAUGCCUGUCCGGGGUCCAGUUGGAGCUGGGCAGGUCUCUGUAAGGCUACUGAAGCUGGGCCUUCCACUGCUACCUCCCCUACCCCGCCUCGUGCACGAUGUUCCAACGACUCACCAGCCUCUUCUUUAGCACCAGCCCACCAUCUGAGGAGCCUCCCUCCCCCAAAGCCUUCAUCUGCCCUGAGAAUGAGGAAGAAGUGGAUGGCUGGCUUAUUAUUGACCUGCCUGAUAGUUUUGCUGCCCCACCAAGUCCCAAAGCAGCCCCCCCCUGCUUGCUGGAUGAGAGCUGGUUUGUUACCCCUCCCGCCUGUUUCACUGCAGAGGGGCCUGAGCUGGGGCCUGCUCACCUGGAGAGCAGCCCCUUGGAGGACCUGCUCAUCGAGCACCCCAGUAUGUCUGUCUAUGUCACUGGCAGUACCAUCGUCCUGGAGCCUGGACCCGACCGGAGCCUGACCCCUCCCCGGAGCCCACCUCCAGCCAGAGCUGGCCACCGGGAGGUCAUGCAGUCCCGACGGGAUCCAGGCCCCAGGCAUCACACAGCCUCGAUGCCCCCUCGGACAGCGGUGCUGGAAAAGGCCAGUCAGGCCCGGUGGGUGCAGCGAGCCCGCCAGAAGGCUGACCGGCAGAGGCUGAGCCCCAAGGUUGUCCAGCGGCAGAACCGUAUUCGAGAGCGCCAUCCCCGCCGGUCCAAGCACCAGGGCAGCUUUCUCCACCAGCCGUGCCAGCGCCAGUUCAAUUACUGACGAUCCUGAGGUCGCCUGUCUGCCCAUUCUGGGCUGCUCCACUCUACACUGCUCUCAAAUAAACCUCUCACCAGCCUCCCUCCCCCUCCCCACACACUACCCUCCCCCACUUCUUCUCACCAGCCUGCUCCUGCCACUUGUUCUGGACCCAAGUGGUGAUCCCUACAUGCUCCAUGGACUUGUUGGCCAAAGCCCCAAUUCCCCAAGGAGAGGAGAAGUGUUGCUAGCCAUCCCCGUGGGGUCAACGCCUCCCUCUGGUCAUUUCCUUGUCCCAGAUCUCCAUCCCCUUACUUGGGAUGUCCGCAUCCGAACCCAUUUCUCCCUCCUUCUCAGAAUCCUGUCUUGUAAAUUCUGAUCCCCUUCUUCUCCCCAACCUUGAUCCUCUUGUUUCCUUCUACAUCUAACUCCACCUACACACAUACAAAACACUAGUUCCAUCACGAAACUGCCCCUCCCUAAGCUCCCUACUAGGAAAACUGUCCAGUGAGUGACCGAAGUGUGACUUUUCUAAAGCUCCUUGACAAAUCUUGGCAACUGGGCUGCAAUGCCCUAAGGCCCGUUUCUAUUGUCUGUGCCCUCGUACAGACUCCUUAGAGCUGGCCUAGGCCUCUGAAGGUAAAGUAUGUUGGAGAGGGCUGUGAGAUGUGAAACUUGAAAGUGAAAGAACGGAGGGAUUUAGACAGGGACAGAAAGCCAGAGACAGACUUGAGAAUGAUAAAUGACUCAAGGGAAGUAGCUCUGGAGAAAGGAACCCCCGAGUACAGGAAAGCUGGAUUUUUACUAGUUGAGAGGGACCCUGGCUCAGAAGGCUGCUUUGGUGUAUUUAGGUGGUUUCCUCCAUCUGAUCCCAUCAUAGACCAUGGCCAGAAAGGACUACUUCUGAUUCAGCUGACUCCUCUCACUUAUCCUGCUCCAUUGGAGUCGGGGAAUCCAGGUGAGCUUGUGAAACCUAGUCUAGCAGUUUUCCUGGGGGUUAGAGGCUCUCUAGGAACUGGGUUGAGGGCAAUGAAAAGGAUAACUUCUGAUCUCAGCCUGAAGGCUCUAAUGAUGGGCUGCCCAAUUUCCUGCCUCAACACCAGAGUUCUGUGCUUUAGAUUAUAAAUGUCUCACCCACCCUAGAGCUAGAAAUAAAUCUCUGCUCCAGGAUGGACAGGUCUUCUGGAAGGUUCACAGCUUUCCAAUAUUGACUAUUGUUUAGAUCUAGGCCUUGGAAGAAGGGCAGAGAAGCACCUCCUCUGGCCCUUUCACUGCCCACCCAUUCUGAGGUUAUCGCAUCUCUAGGGAACUGGAGCUAUUAGUAUCAACCUUUACCGAAGUUCCCUACCUUUGUUUUGUUUUUGUCCUUGAAGUGUGUGGGAGAGGGAGACAAGGUCCCAAAACUAUAGCCAGCCUGGGACUUAAGUAGUUGCCCCUUUUGACGCUGUGGGCUAUGAAUUCCGGGCUUAGAUACCAGCAACCCCCCUUGCAAUGCCCUGAAUAGCCCUGUCAGUUUCUAGAUUAUUUUUUCUUGUCUCUUUAUCUUGAUUUAUUUCUUAAGCUAGUUCUGUAUCUUGAAACUUUCAAGCAUCUUUCCUCUACUGCCGGUCAUUCUGCCCACAUGCUCCUUUUCACAUUUCUUGGCCCUGGCUCUAUAGCCAGAGAACAAGGCUAGCUUCCUGAGCCCAGGUGCCAAUAGCUUAAUUAGCUAGCUAUGUGGGCAGAGGCUCCCAGUCCCAAGGAACAAACUCAAUUAUUUUUUAAAAAUUAAAAUGAGACAUUUUUAAAAGACUUUCAGCUUGCUUAGAAGCCAGUGAUUUAAGAUUACAUCCUGUCCCUUCUAAGAUUCUCUCAACCUUCUUGCAAGUCUUUCUCUCCAAACCCCCACUUCAGUCACACCCAGAUACCCCACUUCAGUCACACCCAGAUAUGCUGAAAUGUUCAAAGUUCCCAUCUUCCCUGUUGCAAUUCUGGGGAGCUGCUUAUUGGGGACUGGAGUGAAGGAUGUCUGAAGAGCAGGAGCCUACCAUCCUAAAUCUUGCUUGCCUGUUUAUGCCUGCCUCCCCCUCAAGGCUCCUUCAAGUCUUUGUAACCAAGGAUCAACACAACCUUAUAAGACUUUUUUUUUUUUUUUUUACCAUCCCAUUGAAAAUGUAGCAUCUGAGUGUGGCAAUAUUUUACGUCUAUAGAUUUUUAAGACUUGACACCACUCCAUCCCCCAUUUGUUCGACUACAGAGCCACCAGAUCUUCUCAUGCUAUAUGGACUGUGUAUGUGCCUUUCACCCUUAGCAUGGUUCAGGGUUUUUCAAACCACAGAACUUGAACAAAUUAAGGAACCAGGAUUCACGAAGUCCUAUGCAACCUAAGACAGGGAGUCAGUCUGCAGUGACAACUGUUUCAGAGACAUUGGGGAAAUGACCAGUUUGUGAGGAGUAUUAGUUAGACAUUAGUAUAACCAGCACUUCCAACAUAAUUGUGUGUGCGCGCGUGUGUGUGUGUUGGGGGAAGAUGCCCAUCUUUUUGUUAUAAUGGUUUGUUUCUAAAAAGUGCGCUGUUCACAAGGACAGCAUCACUCUUUCCCUACUGAGUUUCGAGAGCAUGAACCUGCCCUUCUCUUGCCCCAAGUAUCACUUCCUGGCCCCCUGCUCCCCUCUCUUCUCACAAGAGGGCCACUGUGUGUGUGUUUGUGCAGUUGUGACCGAUUUUAAGCAUACAUGUGCAAUGAAGAACCCACCAAUUGGCCCCUUAGACAGAGCGCCUCCUCUCCUCUCUCUCAGAGGGCAUCACUGCCCCCCCAGGUGCUCCAGAUCUCGAUUGCCUUACUAAAUCCACAUGGCUUUGAACUAGGGGGCUUAAUGCAGACAAACCACCCACUUUCUGAUACCUGACUGUAGCCCUGCUGCCUGGUUCCAAACAAAGCUAGCAAGCUGCGUCUCUGUCAUAUGCUGAGCCCAGAUUCUAGGAGGAACCUACCUUAGGAUGUUUAAAAUGUGUGUUGGUGGACUCAAGGAUGCAACCACCUUGACUCAGUCGUGGUGUGUGUGUGUAUGUGUGUGCGUGUAACAGGACUUGUGAGUGUUAGAUUGUAAUGCUAUUCCUCUGUGGGGGAAAAAAUUAAUAUAAAGGAAAACACAAGAAAUAAAAAUCUAUUUAAAGGA